UCUCAUAUAACGAUGUCGAGAUCAUUAGCCAUGUGUUUAGUGAUUUUAGGUGCGACUGGAGUAACCCAGCAAAUAUCAUCUAAAGUUGAUUUUGCGGAAGAAGAAUCAACAGUCGAGAAAACUUCUGACACCGAUGAGGAUCUCGAAGUGAAGCAUACUAUUGUCGUUUCAACGAAACUCAAAAACAAUAACCGAAGAGGAUUGCAUACAGAUGGCGAUGCGGGUGUUCUUACAUACAAAUUUGGUAAUAAAAAUGCUAAUGAUGAGGACAGUGGUGAAGUUCCCAUAGUUAAAGCAUUCAAAUCAGUUGAAACAACACAGAUAAGAACGCCAGACUCUCGUCUCAAACCCGUAACAUAUACUUAUCCAGAACUCGUUCUUCACAAUAGAAAUUCACGUGACGAAUUUGACUUAUAUCCCAAUUUAGCCACAAAUCCUAUGCAAUGGAAACCUUCAUCAUUCUUUAAUAAUGUAAACUGGUGGAAUCAAGACAAUGCUAAUUUCGACAGUCACGCCAGGAGAAGCAGACCUGAUUACCAAAAGUUUAAUAGAAGAGUGAAUGAUGAUGGGGUCAGAGAAUUUUAUUGCAAAAAAUGUAGAGAAAUGAAUGGUCUGAGAGGAUGCAUCCAACCGAAAACGAACUCUAUGUUCCUUGAAAGUACGACACCGAAAAUUAAAAUUGACGGAAAAUUAGCUAAAUUAAAUUGAUAGUGUACUGUGUUUGUUUUAUUUGAUGGGUACAUAGCAAGGUGAUGUUAUCUCGUAACCUUGGGAAAGGCAUAAAGGUUGCAGCGCACUCAUGACUAAUAUGUUGAUCGCAUAUUUAAUAAAUCUUCAUACAAUCGCUGAUUUUAUGGGAAUUUUUUAAUAUACGACAGCUGUAAUGCUAUUGUUUUUUAUUAGUAGCAAUAGCAAUGUGAACAUCAUCGUGUGGAGGUUGAAUACCAAGUAUCUCGUUUCACCCACAAUGUGUAGAAAAAUUAUAAAUAAAACUUGAUUAUUGUUUAGAUCAAGUUUUUCAAAUUUUGGAAUAUAAAAAGUACCUAAAAUAAAACAUGAAUUGAGCAUACAUCUGACAGAAUGCUGUUGAAAGUCCGUAUACCUACGGACAGAUUUAUAACAUAUAUCACCUACCACAUAAA